GUAAGUGGCCUGGCCCCCUUAACCAUCUACCCCAGUAAGUGUCCCCACAUAUUACUGAUCUGCCCCUCCUCCAGAGCCGUGUGUCCUUAUGACUGUACCAAUCCUACCCCCAGGAGCCACCUGCCCGAGAGAGUGACCCCUGGUAUUGACCAUUCUCCCAAGAGCCAGCCAGCUGCCCUAGUGAGUGUCUCCUGGUACCAGUUCCCUCUCCCCUAAAGCCAUCUGCCCCUGUGAAUUGGCCCCACUGAGCUGCCUGCCCUGGUUAGUGCCUCCCUCAUACCGACCCAGUCUCCCUGAACCACAAAGAUAAGAUAGGGAAGAAGGAGGGAACUCGGGAAAGGAGGAUGAGGAAGGAAGAGAAAUAAAGGGCAGAGGGAAAUUGGUUGGCGAAUUCUGCCCCCAACAUGAAAUUGUCAUUAACAAUAGGACUUGGUUCCCUCUCCUAAAUAAGCUUGACACUCCUGGAUUACAUUAAGACACGCAAAGAGGAAAAGCAUAGUCCAAGGUCACAAGUGACCAUCCGGCUGUGAUCAAACGACGAUUCACGAGCGUUCUGAUUGUCUCUGGCCUCUCGCCACUCUUUCUCUGGCUCUGGAAGGAGCUAACAGGUAUUAAGCCAGGUAUAUCCCUGCUAGCUCUGCUGGGCUUCCGGCUGGAAGGCAUCGUACUGGCAACUGUACUGCCCUUGUUGCUUACCAUGGUCCUGUUCCUUGGACCCCUUAUUCAGCUCUCGAUGGACUGUCCCUGGGGUUGGCUUGACGGAUUGAAGGUCAUGUUUGACCCCCGCUUCUGGGCUCUGUGCUUGAGUGACAUGCGCUGGCUCCGCAACCAGGUGAUUGCACCACUAACAGAGGAACUGGUGUUCCGGGCCUGCAUGUUGCCCAUGCUCAUUCCUUGCACUGGCCUGGGGCCAGCCAUCUUCACUUGCCCGCUCUUCUUUGGCGUCGCUCACUUCCACCAUGUUAUUGAACAGCUACGUUUCCGCCAGGGCAGUGUGGCCAGCAUCUUCCUGUCAGCAGCGUUCCAGUUCUCAUACACAGCUGUCUUUGGGGCCUAUACAGCAUUCAUCUUCAUUAGGACAGGACACCUGAUUGGCCCUGUUCUGUGCCACUCCUUCUGCAACUACAUUGGCUUCCCUGCCAUCUGUGCAGCCCUGGAGCAUCCCCAGCGCCUCACUGUUGUAAUCUUCUAUGUUCUGGGCAUGGUGCUCUUCCUCCUGCUCCUGCACCCCAUGACUGAUCCAACUUUCUUUGGAGACAUUCCAAUUUGCUCUCUGUCUGCAGCCAGGUCCAGCAUCUCUGUGUGCUCCUGACACCUGGGGCACGGGUUUCAAGACCCGACACCCAUCCCUGCUGAGAGCAAGAGAUAUAUUUUUUUAUUGCUAAAGUACUUUGGAAGAUGUGCCAACUUGUCGUCAUUAUUCUGCUGAUGGGGGGGGGGGAGUGCAGCCCCCCAAAAAAACUACCUUCAUAAAUUACCACUGGUUAAUCCCA